UGUGGGUGACGUGUCGCGUUGUGGUGGUUUGUGGGUUGAGGCCCGUGCUCUGGCGAGGCGACAGGGCGCCUGGGGGCGGCCGGAGACGGGGCUGGGGGUGAAUCCGUCGCCGGCCCCGAGAUGAGGAAAAUGUCCACGUCGUCGCCCGAGGCCGUGAAGAAGCUACUGGAAAACAUGCAGAGCGACUUGAGGAGCCUGUCGCUGGAGUGCAGGAAAAAAUUCCCCCCCGUCAAAGAGGCUGCUGAAUCAGGAAUUGUGAAAGUCAAAACAAUAGCUGCUCGAAACACAGAUAUUUUGGCUGCUUUGAAAGAAAAUAGCUCUGAAGUUGUCCAGCCAUUGCUCAUGGGAUGUGGAACCAAGGAACCCAAGAUUGCUCAGUUAUGCUUGUCAGCAAUUCAGAGGCUCAUGUCACAUGAAGUGGUUUCUGAAGGUGCAGCUGGAAAUAUAAUUAACAUGCUGUGGCAGUUGAUGGAAAAUGGACUGGAGGAACUCAAACUUCUUCAAACCGUUCUAGUUCUUUUGACAACCAACACAGUAGUGCACGACGAUGCCCUUGCUAAGGCAAUUGUACUUUGCUUUCGGCUACACUUUACCAAAGAUAAUAUCACCAAUAACACAGCAGCAGCUACAGUACGGCAAGUGGUUACAGUUGUCUUUGAAAGAAUGGAUGCUGAAGAUGAGCAGCAUAAAGAUGAUGAUAGUCAUCCUCCUGUUGUCCAAGGCAAUAGCAACAGAAGAACAAUCAGCACACUAAGACCAUGUGCAAAAGAUGCAUAUAUGCUCUUCCAGGAUUUGUGCCAGUUGGUAAAUGCAGAUGCUCCUUACUGGUUGGUCGGAAUGACAGAAAUGACCCGAACGUUUGGUUUGGAACUUCUGGAAUCUGUUCUGAAUGACUUUCCACAAGUGUUUUUACAGCACCAAGAGUUCAGUUUCCUUCUGAAGGAAAGGGUGUGCCCUUUGGUGAUCAAGCUGUUUUCUCCCAAUAUCAAAUUCAGACAGGGUACUAAUACUCCAUCUUCCCCAACUCCUGUCGAGAAACCAUACUUUCCCAUCUGUAUGCGCCUUUUGCGAGUGGUAUCUGUUUUAAUUAAACACUUCUAUAGUCUUUUGGUAACUGAAUGUGAGAUAUUUUUGUCUUUACUGGUGAAGUUUUUGGAUGGUGAUAAACCACAGUGGCUUCGAGCAGUUGCUGUGGAAUGCAUUCACAGGCUGUGUGUGCAACCUCAGCUGCUACGGUCUUUCUGUCAGUCAUACGAUAUGAAACCUCACUCAACAAAGGUCUUCAGAGACAUUGUGAACGCACUGGGAUCUUUUAUACAAUCUCUUUUUAUUACUCCCAGCACCGGAAGCAAUCCAGUUUCAAAUAUGCAGACUGGCACAAGUGGAGGCGGCCCUGCCACAGCACAGAAUGGAUCAGGGACAAGUGCUAAUGUGGGACUCACCCCACAACCAGCUUUUGAAUAUAGAGGCACUUGGAUUCCAAUCCUAAAUACAUCUGUUCAAGGCACUUCUAAAGCAGCCUACCUAGAAUUGCUGGACAAAGUGGAGCCUCCUACCAUCCCUGAUGGAUAUGCCAUGUCUGUAGCAUUUGGUUGCCUUCUGGAUCUGGUUCGUGGCAUUACUGCCAUGAUUGAGGCAGAGUUGGACAGUGAAGAAAUUACUUCCCAGCCUGGCAUCACAAAGCAAGCAGAGGAUGUGCAGCCUUCAGAACAACUGGAGAAGCUGUCAGCAAAUGAAAAGGCAGCUGUUUCUAGAGCUGUGUGGGAGGAGAUGGUUGGUGCUUGCUGGUGUGGUCUUCUUGCAGCUUUGUCACUGUUGCUGGAUGCCAGCACUGAUGAAACCGCCUCAGAAAACAUCUUGAAAGCAGAAAUGACUAUGGCUUCUCUCUGUGGCAAACUGAGUCUUGUUACACCAAGAGAUGCGUUCAUCACCGCCAUUUGCAAGGCAUCUCUUCCCCCACAUUAUGCACUAACUGUUCUGAAUAGUUCUUCUGGUGGUUUGCAUAAAACGUACUCCAUUCAGGGUCAAAGUGUGCAGAUGAUCAGCCCAUCAAGUGAUUCGCAUCAGCAGGUGGUUGCAGUGGGUCAGCCUCUGACUUCUCAACACCAAGGAACUGUUAUGUUGACUGCGAAGAAUAUUCAGUGCAUGCGGACGUUGUUGAAUUUAGCUCAUUGUCAUGGUUCGGUGCUUGGAACGUCAUGGCAGCUCGUUCUGGCCACUCUACAGCAUCUUGUGUGGAUUCUGGGCUUGAAGCCUGCAAGUGGAGGUGCACUGAAACCAGGGAGAGCUGUUGAAGGGCCAAGCACUGUUCUGACCACUGCUGUCAUGAGCGAUUUGCCAGUGAUUUCAAACAUACUUUCAAGAUUAUUUGAGAGUUCCCAGUACCUUGACGAUGUCUCACUCCAUCAUUUGAUAAAUGCACUGUGCUCCUUAUCAACUGAAGCCAUGGAUAUGGCAUUUUGGAACAACAAGGAACCUUCUCUAUUUGCUGUUGCCAAAUUGCUCGAAACAGGAUUAGUGAAUAUGCACCGAAUUGAGAUUCUCUGGAGGCCUUUAACAGGACACUUACUGGAGGUAUGCCAGCACCCAAAUGCCAGGAUGCGGGAGUGGGGAGCAGAAGCUGUGACUUCUCUGAUAAAAGCUGGGUUGUCUUUUAAACAUGAUCCACCGCUAUCACAAAAUCAGAGGUUGCAGUUGCUGCUGCUGAAUCCAUUGAAGGAAUUGUCCAAUAUUGUGCACCCUGACAUCCGACAGAAGCAGUUGGAGUGCGUGCUUCAAAUCCUGCAGAAUGAGGGAGACAGCCUGGGGCCUGGCUGGCCAUUAGUGUUGGGAGUCAUAGAAGCAAUUCAAAAUGACCAAGGAGAAACUCUAAUCCGCACAGCAUUCCAAUGUUUGCAGCUCGUGGUGACUGAUUUUCUACCCACCAUGCCCAGCACCUGCCUUCAGAUUGUUGUGGAUGUAGCCGGCAGCUUCGGGCUUCAGAAUCAGGAGCUCAACAUCAGUUUGACCUCAAUAGGUCUCUUGUGGAACAUCUCAGACUAUUUCUUCCAACGAGGAGAGACCAUUGAGAAGGAACUAGACAAGGAGGAAGCUCUGCUGCAGAAACAGGCAGAGGAAAAGGGAGUCCCUUUGAAUCGGCCGUUCCAUCCUGCUCCUCCAUUUGACUGUCUCUGGUUGUGCCUUUACUCAAAACUGGGAGAACUGUGUGUAGAUCCAAGGCCAGCUGUCCGAAAGAGUGGAGGACAGACCUUGUUCUCUACAGUUGGUGCGCAUGGUACUUUAUUACAGCAUGCCACCUGGCAUACAGUGUUGUGGAAGGUUUUAUUUCCCCUUUUGGAUCGGGUUAGAGAAUCAUCCACAACAGCUGACAAAGAGAAGAUUGAGUCUGGUGGUGGAAAUAUUCUUAUUCAUCAUUCUCGGGACACUGCUGAGAAACAAUGGGCAGAGACAUGGGUUUUAACAUUGGCUGGAGUAGCUAGAAUAUUUAACACCAGGAGAUACUUACUGCAGUCUUUGGGGGACUUUUCAAAAGCUUGGGAUGUAUUGUUGGAUCAUAUCCAGUCAGCUGCACUGAGCAAGAACAAUGAAGUUUCACUGGCAGCCCUGAAGAGCUGUCAGGAAAUUUUACAAAUUGUGACCCCUGUAAAAGAUUCUGACAAGUCAGAAGGUCUAUCUGGUGUUCAUAUGCCAGUUUUUGUGGGACCGCUGAUCCCCCCACCUCGAACCUUAUCCAGGACAGAUUCACUUGGAGAAAAGCUGGGAAGAUAUAACGGAGCUGAAUUGAAUGCAGCAGUCGAUGAGAUUGAGGAUUCUGCACUGUGGUGGGCUGCAUGGAAUACCUGGUACAAGAUAGGUUUGGAAAGCACGAGGCCACCGACUACUUGUGAUAAGCUGUUCUUUAUUCCUAGUCAGCCAUUCCUCACAGCACUUGUGCAGAUCUUCCCGGCUCUGUACCAGCACAUCAAGCCCGGCUUCAGCAUGGAGGACCUGAAGAAAUUGGGUGUGAUAUUGCAUGGUGCUGUGUCAGUUCCAAUCAGCUCUGAUGCCUCUCCAUUCAUUCUACCAUCCUACACUGAAGCAGUGCUGACCAGUCUACAAGAAGCAGUGCUGAUAAGUUUAGAUGUCCUACAGAAGGCAAUUUGCGUUGGGCCAGAAGACAUGCAGAUCAUGUACCCAGCAAUUUUUGACCAGUUGCUUUCAUUUGUCGAGUUUUCCUGCAAGGCGCCAACAUAUGGAAAACUAGAAACAAAAAAUAUAGCAAAUGCAAAGUUUAAUCAGAUUCAACUUUUUGCUCCGGCGGAGUGGGUGGCUUUGAAUUAUGUGCCAUUUGCUGAAAAAUCCCUUGAAGUAGUUGGGGAUCUAUAUCAGAAGACAGCAUGUCACAAAGCAGUGGUAAAUGAAAAAGUUCUUCAGAAAAUCAUUAAGACAUUGAGGAUACCACUCAGUCUGAAGUAUGCCUGCCCCUCUGAAACGACGUGGAAAAUGGCUGUUUCCUCUCUUCUUAAAAUACUCUCAAUUGGACUUCCUGUUGCAAGGCAACAUGCUUCCUCAAAAAAAUUUGAUACUAUGUGGCCAGAACUAGCCAAUACAUUUGAAGACUUCUUGUUUACAAAAAGCAUACCCCCAGAUAAUCUUUCCAUUCAGGAAUUUGAGAAAAAUGAGAACAUAGAUGUUGAGGUUGUGCAGCUUAUUAGCACAGAUAUAUUACCAUUUGCAAACUUCAUUCCAAAAGAAUUUGUUGGCCAGAUAAUGACAAUGCUAAACAAAGGUUCGAUCCAUUCACAGUCAACGUCAUUUACAGAGGCAGAAAUUGACAUUCGAAUGAGAGAGGAGUUUUCUAAAGUCUGCUUUGAAACACUGCUUCAGUUUUCCUUCAGUAAUAAAGUGACAACUCCCCAGGAAGGGUAUAUUUCCCGAAUGGCAUUGUCUGUGCUACUAAAGAGGUCACAAGAUGUGUUGCAUCGGUACAUUGAAGAUGAGAAAUUGAGUGGCAGAUGUCCUCUCCCAAGACAGCGAGUGACAGAAAUAGUUUUCGUUCUGAAAGCAAUCAGCACUCUCAUGGAUUCACUUAAGAAAACAAAGCCUGAAAACGUUGAUACCAACACCUGGUCGCAGGUAAUUGCUUUGUAUCCAACACUAGUAGAGUGUAUUACCUGCACAUCAUCUGAAGUUUGCUCAGCUUUGAAAGAAGCGUUAGUUCCAUUUAAAGAUUUUCUUCAGCCACCAAUAGCCAAAGUACAAAAUGGAGAAUCCUGACAAACGUAGGACUGCCAUGUCAUCUGCAGUACUAUUAACAUGUUGAUUCAGGCAGUGUACUUGCCAGAGCACAAUUCGAAAAAGGUCUGGAGCAUCACUGAAUGUAAAGAUCUACACGUGCAGACUGGAUUAAGUAACGAUCAGGGGCCUUGUUUGGAAGCAUUUUACUGACAAUUGGAGUUGUUUAAACAUGCAUAGUUUAAGUCACUCAAACUGUAAUAACUGCCCCACCAUUUGCUUUUUAGUGAAGCUGAAUUAAUCAACCUAAAUCUGGUGCAGUGAUAUUGAAAACAGUUUGAGGAAGGAUACUUGUACAGGUUGUGUUCUAAUGUUGUUGUAAUUAAAAAAGAUAUAUAUUCAACAUCGUAUAUUUGAGAAAUAUGCUGACGUUUUGUACACUUUUUAAAAGGUACAAAAAUUGUGCACAGAACUAUAUGCAAGUGAGUACCAUAACAUUCCAUGUCAUCUGUGACCGGCCUUUCCAAGUAAAGGGAAAUUAUGUACUUGUGUGUAAAAUAAAUUGUCCACUUCUGUUACAGAGUGUGACCUUUUCCUGUGACAGCUUGAAGGGUUUCUGGUGCUUCACAUGCUUGCAGAGCAAACCUGUUCCAUGAAAAAUUUCUUCAGAUGGGUUGCCUUUUACAUUGUCUGCCUUUCCUUGACGGUAGCAUUUAUUUUACGGAAUGAAUAUGUGAUUUUUUUUUAACCACAAUAUUUGGUUGUUGACUCUGUUGUGCUCUCAGAGUCAUACAGCCAGGAAACAGACCCUUUGGUCCAACCAAUCCAUGCUGAACAUAAUCCCAAACUAAACUAGUACCCACCUGCCUGUUCCUGGCUCAUAUUACUCCAAACCUUUCCUACUCAUGUAGCUAUCCAAACGUCUUCUAAACGUUGUAAUUGUACCCACGUCCACCACUUCAUCAGGAAAUUCCUUGCACACACAAACCACACUUCUUGUAAAAAAAAAAAAUCUCCUGUCUUUAAGUCUCUCUCCUCUCACCUUAAAAAUGUGUUCCCUAGUCUUGAAAUUCCCCAUCUUAGGGAAAUGACAGCCUACCAUCAACUCUAUCUAUACCUCUUAUGACAUCAUAACCUGUUAGAAGUUUAUCAAGUAAUCUCUCAUUAUGAUGAAUCAACUGAACUAUAGCCCUUUCCUAUUACAGCUAUACAUUAACCAUGUCGAUGUUCACAAUUAAAUGUAAUAUUUGAAGGGAGUGAUUUACAAAUCAAGCUUUCUAAUAAUAAUCUUACACAGAACCUUAAAUUGAGAUGCUGUAAAUAAGGACUGAUUUAGACUUUUGAUUCAGUAUUGUCAAACUGUCCAUAUUUAUUUCAGACAUUUUAACUGCAAUAGACUGUGAAGUUUCUACAUAAACUUCAAAUUUAAAAAUAAACUUUUUUAGCGUAGAUCAAAAUAUUUUUGUGAAAUAAUAUACAAGAAAUGUUUUUUUUCAAUUAAAAUUACUAUUGGACUUGAUUACUGUUGAUAGUGAUUCCAAGCUCCGUGCCCAUGGGAAAAGUGUGCAAUCUUUUAAAUCAAACAACUGUCAUAAUCAUGCUAAUCAUUCACAAUAUUAAUGUCAUUAUUUAAAAGACAAAAGUAGUGUUCCCAAAGUAGUGUUAUCAGUUCCCAGACAAACUGUUUUCUCCUACUGCCCUUACAGGGGUACUUCAUGUCUAGGAUCAGGUACCAAGAAUAUUCUUCUAUCUAGUACUUCAUUAUAUCACCAUACUAUUUUUAGUUCUUUAUCUCCCAUCAGCAGAAACCAUGUCUGAAAAUGUGAUCAAUGCAAAGAUGUAUGGCAUUUUGUUCUGUAAUUGAGAAUUUAGAUUAUAUUUGAAAAAUCUUUGUGCCUUGACUAGUUUAAUAACACAUUCAAAUUAUGGAAACUUGUUCCAAUCAUUGUAUCAAAAUGUCAACUCAUUCUAUAUUACUUGUCCGAUAUCUGGGAAUCACCGGCAGUCACCUGGAUCAUUGGAUCUAGUAGAUUGGCAUGUCCAUUCAUUGUUCUAGUUUCUGUUGUUUACACUGCCAAUGAGAACUAGACAUCCAAUGCAAUGUGAAAUAAAGAGCACAAAUUAUUUAAAAUGCACAGCAGAUUUUUAAGCAUCUGGGGUGGAGAAAAACACAGUAGGUUUAUGUUCUAAGUUGACGCCUUGUAUAUCCUCCCCACCCAUUAUCCUUAUGAUGCAGUCAGAAUCUACCUCAUGGUUUUAGUCUAACCUCUAAUCAGGAAUGGUCUUUUGUGUAAGGUUUUUUUUUUCUAAUGCAAGGGAAAGUGGAAGGAUUUGAUAUCCCCUCCCAACCCAACU